CAGCUGUCUGUGACGCUGCAUGCAGCAGCUGUGGUGUGUGCGUGCGCGCGUGUGUGUGUGUGUGUUUUUGGUUUGAAAACUGCAGCUAGCUAGCACACUAAUGCUAAUACGCCAGGUUAAACUGAAGCGGGUCUUCGUCCUGGUCCAGGUCUAAACCCGCUGUGGUUUCCCGCUAAAAUGUCGUCAGACGAGCAUAACGGAACCUUUAGGCAGCUCAAUGAGUUUGAGAAGUUAUCGUGGAGGCCCUCCAUCCGGGACUCAGGCUCAAAGAAGCGGGUAAGAUGGCUUCAGGCUCGACGCAUCUUCUCCCCAUCAUGCCCUAACCUGCGGAUCCCCAACAGGUUUCUUAGAGAAGGACACUGCAUUCCUCCAGCCCGGAGUGGACAUCGCUGUGUUGCAGACAGCACCAACCUGUAUGUGUUUGGAGGCUACAACCCAGACUUUGAGGAGGCAGGCGGGUCGGAGAAUGAAGACUACCCUCUUUUUCGGGAGCUUUGGCGGUUUCAUUUUGCUACAGCCACGUGGCAACUAGUGCGCACAGAGGGUUACAUGCCCACAGAAUUAGCCUCCAUGUCUGCUGUUUUACAUGGCAACAAUUUGCUUGUCUUUGGCGGCACUGGGAUUCCAUUUGGUGAAAACAAUGGGAAUGACGUUCACGUAUGCAACGUUCAGUACAAGCGGUGGAACUUGCUCAACUGCCGAGGAAAGAAACCCAACAAGAUCUAUGGACAGGCAAUGGUCAUCAUAAAUGGCUACCUCUAUGUGUUUGGAGGGACAACAGGCUACCUUUACAGCACUGACCUGCACCGGCUGGACCUGACCACCAGAGAGUGGACUCAUCUUAAACCCAACAACGCCCCCUCCGAUCUACCAGAGGAAAGGUACAGACAUGAGUUGGCUCAUGAUGGACAGAGAAUAUAUAUUUUAGGAGGUGGAACGUCCUGGACAUCAUAUCCCCUGGACAAGAUUCAUGCAUAUAAUCUGGAGACCAAUUACUGGGAGGAAAUAGUCACGAAACCACAUGGAAAAAUAGGAUAUCCAGCUGCACGCCGCUGUCACAGCUGUGUGCAGGUCAAAGAUGAGGUGUUUAUAUGUGGAGGUUAUAAUGGAGAGAUGAUUCUUUCCGAUCUGUGGAAGAUCAAUCUGCAGACUUUUCAGUGGACCAAGCUACCUGCCGUCAUGCCAGAACCAGCCUACUUCCACUGUGCUACAGUCACUCCGGCUGGUUGUAUGUAUGUCCAUGGCGGUGUUGUCAACAUGUCUGGCAAUCGAAGGACUGCCUCUUUGUACAAGGUUUGGUUGGUGGUGCCCAGCCUCUUGGAAAUGACCUGGGAAAAACUGCUGAAAAUGUUCCCUCACUUAUCCCAGCUGUCCACCCUUCAGCUGCUCAGCCUGGGACUCACGCAUACACUAAUUCAACGGCUCAAAUAGACUGAGAGAAGAGGUACUGUGAUGAAAGAGCAGGAACUAGAGUCACUGAUAACUACGCUAAACGUUCUUAAAGGACAAGGUCUGAUUCUUAUAAAAUACUUUGAAAGCCUUUUAGAACUUUAGUUUUACGUGCAUUUCAAGUUUUAAGUGCAAUGUUUUACUUUUUUUUCUGUACGUGAACGUGUCAGAUUUGAGUUUGCACAUUUCCAUCAGAAGUCUGUGCUGAUUUCUGCUUUCUCAGAGGAGUCUUGUCCUAUUCUUGUUAUCUCUAUAGUGCACACAGUUUUUUUUAUCUAAUUUUCACAGAAAUGUAUGAAGUGUGGAUAGGAACACUUAAAUGUUCUGAAGACCACUUCUCUGCCAUAAAAAUGAAUGUUUUUAUAUGCUACAUUGUUACAUUUCUUUUCAGAAGCUGAAACUCUGAUGAUGAAGUGAUGUGCUGUCGCUUCACCAACAGUGUCAGGCGUUAUAAUUAGUCGCCUUUCACUUUAAAAAUCAGCCAGUUUCCCAAAAAAGGCUGAAAACUGUGGCAGUGCUCAUGAUUUAGAUUCAACUGUUUUCAAACUGCAUGCUGCAUAGUUACCUCUACAUUUCAAACUGUCCCCCUUCCUGGUCACAUUGGGCCUCGUGAUCAGGUCAGAAGCCAGAAGCCUGCUUUAAACAUCGUUAUCAUGGCAUCACUGUGAAUCUUCCUGUGCCUCUACUUCAAUAAGACUGACAUCAUUUCCACACAGUGGUCCUCAAGCUUUUUUUCUUCAUUCAGUGCCUUCUUGAUUUUCAAAAAUGUCACUUUGGUUUUAUAUAUAUUUCUCUCUUUCUCUAUAUUAUUUGUUUAUGCCAUGAUAUGUGUACCCCCCUCCCCCCAACACACACGAUUUACCUGGUGCUUUUCACAUGAGCCCUCUGUUGGUUAACUGUUCAGACUAACUAUUUCAUUAACUUAAAUCCACUUAAAUAUUUAUUCAAUCACUGUGCUGCUGUAGCAGAGUAGGUCUUUUUCACCCUUCAGUUUUCACUUUAAGCCUAAACUAUUUGUGUUUUUUAAACUAGUGUUACGAAUAUUCAGAAUGUUAAGUUGUAAGUACUGUGAUCUGUAAAGCUCCACAAACAUUCAUUAUAAUAUGUUGAGAGGCUGUCAUGUCAGUAAAAUUAGAUUUAAGUUUGCUUUCAUCUACGUUUAGAUGAAAACAGAUCUUCAUCUCUAGAUCUUAAAAAUACUGCUGCAAUACUCCCAGAUGCUUUUAUCAAGUCCCAAGUUUGCCUUUUUUGUUUGAAUUUGAAUUAAAUAUUUUUGCAGCAUUUUAUUUUACUAUAACUGUUUUACUAAAGUAUGAAAUAAAACUCCACUAAAUGUUACUGCAUGAUAAAUGGCCACUUCUGUGGAUCUGUCCUUUUCAGAACCUACUGUAUUUGCUCAGACAUUGCUUAUGCUUGUGGUGUUUAUUUGCCCAUUUUAUUGGUAACAAAAUGUAAAUUGUUUCCUUUGCAUGACAGAAUUGUGCAUGUCACUUUACACAAAGGCGAAUGUCUCCUCAAAACACAAGAAUGGCUGUAAUAAACGAAAUGUUUUAUAAGUUCUGUCUGUACAAACAAUAAAACCACAGGCAGUCA